AUGGCAAGUCCACAAUGCUCCCAAAAAUAAAAUUGUCUCGAGACAUUUCACGCCAAGAAUUGUUAAUUUAUGUCCUGGUAUGGUUAUGUGCUGUCCUUUACGCAAUUGCGUGUUUUACGAAUGAGAGCAACAAACAUUUUCAGUACUACGAUGACGCAUAUUCAGAUUUUACACAAGGCUGGUCUUUCUUACACAGAAAAAAAGAUGUGGCUGAUUUUGAAUGGCAGUCUAUGAAGUUUUUGAUAACGAAUUUAUAUUCAUGGGUCCUUUUAUUAACAGUUGUAUCAGAAGUUUUACGAAAAUGUAGUUCAGUCAGGUUUGUGCAAUUGUGGCAAAUUCUGGUCACAGUUUUGUACAUAAUCAGUAAUUUGGGCCCGUUUGCACUGUUAGUCAUACUUUUACAGCCAAUAAUAUUUUCAUUUGUGUUAACCAAGCACAGGAAAUUGUUGAUUUGGUUGUGCAACGGCCUUGUCCUAGUGCUAAUUUCCACGUAUAAGAAUUUUCUUGCAAGAGAGGAAUUUUUGAUUUGGUUGAAACUAAACGAACAAACUGCUUACAUAACUAUGAUAACGAUAUUUUGGAUGAACUUGCGUUGUGUUAGCUACGGUUUAGACCUGAUAGAUUCCAAAGGGAGGCAAGAUUUGAUCGCAUUUUUGUCAUACUGUCUGUACCUUCCAAAUUUACAAACUGGACCAUUUAUUCCCUACAAAGAUUUUAUCAAUUCUCAUGAACACAACAAUAAUUUAUUUAGCCGCCUUUCACAACUAUUCCGGGACGUGGUUCGGUUUUUAUUUUGGUUGUUUUUUGCCGAAUUGUGUUUACAUUUUAUUUAUGUGAACGCUGCGGGAUUUCACCCCGAGUGGGUCGAAUCACUGGAUUCGUGGUCGUUGUAUGGCUAUGGAUACACCAUGGGCCAGUUUUUCCACAUUAAAUAUUUGGUCACGUAUGGAUUAGCAACAAGUUUUGCAAAAUUCGAUAACAUUAAAGUGCCUUCUUUACCGGUAUGUAUCGGAAGAAUACACUUGUACUCCGACAUGUGGAAGUAUUUCGAUGUGGGCCUUUACAAUUUUUUAUUACGAUAUAUUUACAUCCCCUCGAUGAACAACGGAUUUGUUCGUAGCCGGUCCUUGUCUAGUUUCCUUUGCUUUCUUUUUGUCUACGUCUGGCACGGAACCGAUAAUUACAUAUUAAUUUGGACGCUUUUGAAUUACAUUGGUGUGAUAAUUGAGAAUUGUAGUCACUGGUUUAGUGCCAUUUAUUUGCAAAACUCGAAGUUGUGUAAAGGUUUGGGGCCCAAAUGGGGCCGGCGAAUCAACUGCAUGGCUGCAAGCCCCCUUUUGGCCGUGUCGGCAAUUUCAAAUUUUUAUUUUUUCGCCCGGAUGGAAAUCGGAAAUAUUUUUCUUAACAGAUUUUUGAAUGAUAAUUAUUGGUCCAACUUCGUACUAUUGGCCAUUUUAUACAACUGUUGUCAGGUUUCUACCGAAGUAAGGAGGAAACAAUCUAAUAAAAACUCAAGACUGAAAGACUUGUAGCAAAAUAUUUAUUUUAUACAAUUCUUAAUAAAUUCUAUUAAUCAA